UAAGUCAUAAGCAAGAAAGAAAUCAUGAGCACGUAAUACAGUCCGUUGCACGUAUUUCAUGAUAUAAGAUCUGUUUUGUAUUUUGUGUUCAUUUCUACGUGAUUCAAUUGAAAAGGUGUAAAUUGACGUAGGUCAAUUAAUUAAGAAACCAUGCCCUUUCGCCAAACGUACCAAAUCUAUCGCGAGCGUAAGGCCGCUCAACGAGAACAAUCGUUCAGAUGCUGCCUCAUCAUUCUGAUCGUUUUCAUUUUCCUAAGUCUCAUCCUCCUCCUCGCACGCAUACCUUGGGGAACGCAAGGAAAAAACAAGGAGCUGUCUACUGUCGCUGACACGACACAGACAAUUUUGAGAACUGAAUCUUCUGCAGAAAUUACGACAACUCCAAAUACACCAACUGCAUCCGAUACAAAAAGUGAAACUCCAUCAACGAGUCAGACAACUUUGAAAACUAAAUCUACUGCAGGAAUUACGACAACUCCAUUUACGAAUCAGACGACUCCGAAUACACCAACUGCAUCCGAUACAAAAAGUGAAACUCCAUCAACGAGUCAGACAACUUUGAGAACUGAAUCUACUGCAGGAAUUACGACAACUCCACUUACGAAUCAGACAACUUCGAAUACACCAACUGCAUCGGAUACAAAAAGUGAAACUCCAUCAACGAAUCAGACAACUUUGAGAACUGAAUCUACUGCAGGAAUUACGACAACUCUACCACCGAGUCAGGCUAAAUAUUCUAAACAGCAUGAAAACCGCACAGAAGAGAUAACAAAUUUAUCAACGAAUAAGACAACGAAUGAGACAAUUCUGUAUUCACCGCAAAACAGAACUGCAUCCACUGUAGAAAGUGCAUCAAUGAACAAAAUCAAUGAAAGCUCAUCAAAAACACCAAUUAACGAAUCUCAUUCUGUCGAGGAAAUUCAUUUUAAUUCAACUGAACGCGAAGAAGAUGCUGAGACCACAACAACAAAGACAACUGAACAAACUUCGAAAAAAAACGUUGAGUCGACUAUGCAGAGUAGCGUAACUGAUAUCAAUGAUAAUAGAAAUUCUACUGACAUAAAUGAAACAUCGCAAACUACUUUAGCAAGUGAUGCAAUAACUCGUGAGAAUGCAACAAGGGACAGUUAUUCUCAACACAAUUAUACUCCGUUUUCGGAUGAGAAGUUUUCAACCAUGAACGAAACUAACGAAAAAUACACUACUAACGUAAUUACCAGCACAACGGAGACUUCGACUUCUUUCAAUAAGUUAACAACCACGAUAGCUCCAAUAAGCUACGAAAGGAAUUUCUCGUCUACGGCGACUACUGACAAAAAUACAAAUAACAUCUGCAAUACGAGCUACUGUAAGCAGAUAGCCAGCAAGAUGAUAUCCUACAUGAAUGACUCGGCUGAUCCUUGCAACGAUUUCUAUGAAUAUGCUUGCGGCGGUUUCGAGACGAAUCCGCUGCUGAUUGACGUGGAUCAGGCUCGGAGAAUCAGUAAUUACGAGCGAAUCGAGAAACAGAUGAUAAAGGAAAAUUUGACUUUCGCGAUAUACUACAAGAGUUGCGUGAAAUAUGAAAGAACCGUGAGUCUCAGCGAAAGGAUCAAAAUGGCAAGAGAUGCGUUGGAAAGAGUAGGAAAAUUUUAUAUCAAUGACACGUGUUCUGCUGAUAGUGCAAAUUUCACCGACUUGUUCGUCAAAUUAAUUCAACAUCACAGCGCUUUCCUAUUCGACGUCGUACCGGAAGUGGACGAGUAUCAUCCGAAUAGUUUUACGCUGAAGAUUGGUCCCACGAGCUACGAGAGUCCCUUCAAAACAGAAUAUGAGGAAGAUUCAUGCUUUGAAAACGAUUUUAAGAUUUUUGUGGAUUUCGAAGCUUUGUAUCGUAGAUACAAGACGUGUAAGAAGCAAGACGAGAAAGAUGAGAUUAGAAAAUCCGUUUCAGAUGCGUUGGUAAUACUUAAAGUUUUUGAGAAUUUGAAUGACACCAAUCUAGAAUUGGAGCGUAUAAAUAAGACCAUUAACGUAAUCGACUCUGUUAUAAUGCAAGGAUACUUUUCGCACUUCCCGAGCAAGAGCGACGCCCGGAAAGCAUAUUUGGAGAACAAUUAUACAAGUAUUAGUUUAAAAAAGUUGCACGAAAAGGAUAAUAGCGCGUUUAUAAAUUGGACACUCUUAAUUGAGUCACUCACCAAUACAGAUAAGAUAAUCAAUAAGGAUAUUCAAGUUUAUUUUCUCGACUCAAUGGUCAAAGGUUUGCAGAAAUUGAAGGAAUCCGCCGAAAGGAAUUGUACGAACCUUCACAACGCGAUAAUGGCGUUAUACGCGCGCAAACUUUAUCAGGAAUUAGUUAUGCCGAGACAAAAUGCAAAGGCUCAUUGCCUGCGAGUGGCUACUUAUCUCCUGCGACCCGAAGCGACUAAUUUAUAUUUAUCAUCCUUUGCCGAUCACGAAAUAGAGCGGAUGAAUAAUAGAACGACAUAUAUGUUCAACGAGUUAAAACAAACUCUAAAGAAGAAAAUAAAUGUGACACUGCCCGAAGGAAAUGGAAAGAAAGCAUCGGACAAAACCGACAGUCUUGAGCUCGCAUUGCCUCCUGUUUCUUAUUUCAAGAAUAAAGAAUUACUAUAUAGCGAUUAUAAUAUGGCGCAAUUUCAGAAUUUAUCCAAAAAUUACUUCGAUAACUCAAUAAAUUUAAUGAAAAGAUACAGAACCUUGAUGUACACCGAAAUAAGAAGAGAAUUUAAGAUAUCAGAGCAAAUUUGGACGUAUUACGCAACGCCGUUCCAGUCGCAAAUCAAAACGAUCUACGGCUUAAAUCAGAUCGUGAUCCCUUACGGUAUCAUUGAUUGGACCGCAAUAAAUAACGAAGACUCUCUCAAUUAUAUUUCGUUGGCGACGCUCGGAAAUACAAUUGCUCUUCAGAUUGCCAAUCAUUUCGAUGAGCCAGGUUCAUACUACUGGAACCAAACCAGGAAUCCAAAAUCUUUGUUCGAUGACCUCAACACCAACAAAACCUUCCGAAACUGUACUUCCGAUCAAAAAGAAAACUUUUUUAACGGUUUUAUGAAUUUUAUACUGCCUUCCACCAACCAAAACGUGUCACUUACGAUCCCGCAGUUGGCCGUGAACAAACAGUCGUCUCAAAAGACAGGACUCAAAUUAACCUACGAUACUUUGGAUCGUAUGAGAUCGAAAGUGCAGGAAGAGGAUCUCCCAUGGAUGAACUUCCACAUCGACAAAUUAUUCUAUCUCGCCUACGCUCAGACAUAUUGCACGAGGACGCCACUAACAUCGUCGUAUGUCGACCUGCACGAGAGUGAGGAUCUGCCAAGUCGCAUUCUCAUCUUCAUCACGAUGUUCAAAAACACGCUCGUCGACAGCGCGUGGGACUGCCAGAAGGACCAGUACGACCCCAAAAAUACCUGCAGUGUAUACCCCGACAUAUAACGUCAAAGAGUCCGCAACUCCAAAGCCCGAGUGAGGACCGUUCGCGAAAAAUGCUGAACGGGCAUCCGCGGACGUUGCGAUCUAGCCGGGCAACUCGCUCAAGAUCGAGCGAGAAUGCAAGCUGUCAGAAAGCCGAUUGCGCGACGAGUACAGAAACGAAAUUCACUCUACUUCGCCAAUAAUCUUCUGCAAUAUAUGAAUCAAAAAGACGAAUCGUUUCGGAUAUGUUUGUUCUGUUUGUAUCGUUUCGCGCUUUCACUCUUGAAUGACGCGAUAAAAUCGCGUUUUUUUCUUUUUACAUUUACUUGAAAAAAAAAAGUCGAAGAACGUGUGUUUCGUUUCUGUAAUCUUUGGUUUGUACAGAGAAUAUUAUUCAUGUGCAAUAAAUAUAUCUAAUGUGUCUUAGUUUUAAAAAUAACGUUCCAAUGAACACGUUCGCAAACGCACGUAGUUUGCAAGGUAACGUUACAGCUAACGUUAAGAGGAAACAAAUAGGCGAACAAUGGAACAAUGUUUACGGACACUAUGCUUAUGAAUAUAAAUCAAUAAACGAUUUUCAUGCGAG